GUCUGGUUGCCAUGACGUCACUAAACAAGGACUGUAAUGGCCGCCGUCAUAAACAUUUAAACGAGUGAAAUUAACAGUAACAUCAUGGCAGACCAGGCAGAGGAAACUCCCAAGGAGACUCCUGGAAGCCCGACUCCAGCAGCCCCUGAGGCUGAGGUACAACAGCAAGAUGAUGAGCAUGGUGAAGGCCCUGUCCCUAAGCCAGAAGGGGAGGAGAAACCCGAUGAUGGACGGGGGCAGGAUCCCACCCCUAAACCUGAAGGGGAUGUUAAAACAGAAGAGCCAAGUGGUGAACAGCAGGAAGUAGUUGAAGCCCCAGCAGAACAAAAAGAGGAAGAAAAGACUGCUGAUGAAACGACAGAACAACAGCCUGCAGAGGAAUCUCCUCAGGGUGGGCAGACUGAAGGGGUUGAGGGUGAAGAGGGGGUAACUGAGGGGGAGGGGCAAAAAAAAGUGGAGGAAACUCAAGCUGAACAGAAGGAAGAGGAUGCUAAGCCAGAGGAAAGCACGGAGCAGCCAAAAGAGGAAACUGUCCAGGUUCCUGCCCCAUCACCUAUCCAGGCAGACCAGGGAACAGAGACAGAUAAAACCCAGGAACCAGAACCUGAUGUUGACCCUUCAGCCCUAAGCCCAAGGUCAAAGGUCAACCUUGAGGCAACUGCAACAGUUAAGUUUGUACUAAUGCCUAGCGGGCAAGUGGUAACUCAAGCAUGUACCCUCGGUCAGACCCUGGAGCAACUCAAGCAACACUUCAGCAUGGAGCUCAAGUUGCCGGUCACUCUCAUCAUGAUUAUGUUUGAUGGAAAAACAAUGCCAGACAGUACCACGCUUGCUGACCUGGGGGUGGGGCCCAACGGAACUAUCCAGCUGGAACUGCAGUCUGCCGACCCUGUCAACACUCCAAUCAAGGCAUACAGGCCACGUCAGGAAUACCACAUGCCAGACGUUAUCACAGUGCGAGUGCAGGCAGAAGAUAACACAUUCAAAGAUGUAGUUGUUGAAAUUGAAAGAACAACGAGAAAAAAGCCAUUCCUCGGCGGAUAUCGCCAUAAAAAGUCUUCUGUCGAAUACCACCAUGCUUCCGCUCAGACGAUGCAAAAGCCUAGACCACCUCCACCAUUUGAACGCUUCUGUCGAGACACACAAACAGUCGAACAGAAGCACAGACCUCAGCAAACGACCAAUGAAAUGUCAACGCAGAUGACGGGUAUUGGCGUGUUUGUAUCAAACAGGGAAGACAAACUUCUUAGACCUAAGCAGUACACGACGGCUGAUGAAUAUCAUUUGAUGAUUCUAAAUAGAGUUAUUAUAAUACAAAAAUACUACAGAAGAUGGCUAGCCAGACGUUACGUUCAGAAAUUGAAAGAAGACAAACUUCGACGACUGGAGUUUGAAAGACUUGAAGAAAUUCGAAAAAAGAAAGAGAAAGCGGACAGAAUCAAGAAGGAAUUCGAAAGAAGGAUGAACCCAAAAAACAAAGAAGACUUUGACCUUCUAUAUCAUGCCUUAGAAAAAUGGAGACAGGAAGAGCUAGAACGUAUUAACACAACGUUGACGGCCGCAGAGCGUAAGGCUGCGUUAUGUAUGUUACUGGACCAAGAAACACAGCUCAUCGCGGCCAUUGGAAGACACAAAAUUGAAGCUGAUUCUGAGAAUAAAGAUAAAAGAAUUCAAGAUUUCCUAGAUAAGGCUGCAGCACCGAAAAAAUGGAAGGGUUUUGACGGAAAAGGGACCGAGAUGGAUACGCCAUUCACGAUUCGUGCCAAGGAGUUACGAGACAUCUACAACAGCAUCAACAUGAAAUAUCUCACCCAGGACGAGAGAUUAGAUGUGCUGCUUACUCUGAAACACACUGUCAAGGAACAUGACUGCAAGCUAACGCAGGAAAUCAUCGAGUUGAUAGAUCGUGAAGCUGACUUGCUGAUGCGUGGAGUGAAGGAAACUAACCUUGACGGCCUGCGGAAGCGUAUCUCAACCCUCUUCCUUCAGUACCUCAAGACACCGACCUUCAACCCAGAGGCCGCCAAACUGCUCAAGGUACCACAAGACCCAACUGUUCUCCGAAAGAACAUUUACUUCUGCCCCAGUUGCAACAGUUACCUACCCUCAACAGAGUUUGCAAUUUCGUCCAACUCCCGCAACGUCGGAAAGUGUCGUCGUUGCACCAAAAUCGACAACGAUGCUCGCGUCCGACAGGACUACAGUCACUACAGAUAUCUGCUUAAGCAGCUUCGAAAGGCAGAGCAAAAUUACCUGGACGACUCCAAGAUUGCCUUUUUGUUACAGGAGCAUGAUCUUCGUUACUUGGUGGACAAGGUCUGGGGCGGACAGAGCAUUCUCAGCGCAUGGGACGAUCUGUUUGAUCUUACAAUGGUGCGCUGGAAUAAGCAUGAGGAAUGGUCGCCAUGGAACUGUAUCCUGCUGACUAAGGACGAGGCAGCCGCGCACGAUAAACUUGUGAAUCUUGAGGAGGGCUAUGGCCAGGUGUUUAUCCAGAAAGUUCAACAGAAACACGUGCUUGCGCGGAACUAUUUCUCACGCAUGCCGGGAAUGGCAGAACAUGUUAAAGAGCGUGCGAGUGAGCGUGACACUAGAUCAGGACCAUCAAUACAAGGACAGUCUGUCACGGUCCAAUAAUUCUUGUUUUGAUACUAAUGAAUGUGAUAGAGUAUUUUUAGAUUUCCAAAGAAAGAGUGCAUACAAUUAAAAUAUAAAACACACAAAUGAUGGUACUUAUAUCUUGGAUUUUUAAUCAUGUACAAUGUAUAAAUGGUUAAGUUCUAUUUGACUGCAAUAUUUGCAGAAGUAUUUAUCUGUGUCAUAGGUAAUAAAAUGUGGAUAUUAUUUAAUUGUCAUAUUCGUAGUAUAUUUUUCCUUAAAUUUUUCGUUUCCCCUUUAUACUGUACAUUGUAUAUUAUAAGUGUUGACAUGAUAUUUUUUUCAUAAAAAAGCAUGUUAUAUACCGGUAGGUGAACUGCCAGGUGUAUCUGUUGAUGAUAGUGUAUUAAGGGUUUAUAUUGAUGUACAUUUGUGUGAUAGGUAGGACAAUAAUAUUCUUGUGCAUUGUCCCAAAUAAAGCAAAUAUGGAAAUGCCAGACUUCUAAAUGUACACUUCAUUGUUUCACAAUGUUGUGUUGUUUUACAUGUAUGGUAAAAAAACUACAAAAAUAAUAGCAACAGUAUAAUUAUGUGCAUUAUAAUUAUGACAAGUUGUCCUGCACAACAUAUUUUGUAAUGAGUUUGCCCAGGCAAUAUGAUAAAAAAAAAAUAUGGAAAAUCAGAUGGCCCAAAAAUGUUUCCAUACUUUUGGAAGAAUAUACAUUGUUAAGAAAAUACAUUCAAACUAUCGAUGGAAUUUUUGUUUAAAAAUUGGUUACGCAUUUCUUGAAAGCACUUACCAAAGAAUGUUAUCUGGAAGUCUUUUACCUUUAACAUACUGUAAUACAUGAAAACACACUUAACCACAACUACCCACUUAUGUACAUGAAGCCUUAAAUUCUUAAGUAGCUGUUACCAAUUUAAACAGGCAUAUUUUCUUACAGUAAUGUGUAUACAUGAACUUUUGUGGCCGAAAUUUGCCCAGACAGCCACUUUUGGAGUAUGUAGUUUAUGUAACUGUUUCUGUUUUAAUAUUGUGUUUGAAUGUACUUUCAUAGGCUUGCACAUUCUGUAUAUAACACUCUUUAGUUUGAAAGGCAAGUCUAGAAAAUGAUGCCAGUAUACUAUGAACCUGUGUUUUAUAUUGUCAGUGUCAUGUUUUAUACCCCCCGUAUUCUUGUGCAUUCUCUGCUUCUGGAGCUGUCCCAUGUGUCCGUGAUUGGACUUUUCAAACGCCAUUGUUUGAAUGAUGUGAAUUAUAAACCCUUAACACAUUCAAAUUCCAAAAAUGGUGAUCAUUGAUUACAAUUAAACCGGUAGUUGGCAUGCUUCUGAAUUUCCAUAAACACAUGAACAAAUGCUGCAUUUAAAUACAUUGCAUAUAUGUUCCUGUCUUAAUAAAGUGUAAUUAGAUUGUUAGAGAGAAAAAUAUAUCUGUGAUAUUACAAAAUGUUAAUGAUAAAAAACAAUGAAU